AUGGACGGACGUCUCCUUGAAGCCGCCACAUCUGGCGAUGCCGAGCGUCUGGCUCUUGUUGAGCACGGCGUGCUGCUUGGGGCCACUCCACAGGGGAACAACUGCCUCCACAUCGCCUCCAUCCAUGGCCACGAGGAGCUCUGCAAGAUUCUCCUGACGCUGGAGGUGUCCCGGUAUCUCCUCGCUGCCGUCAACGGAGACGGCGAGACGCCGCUGCUCGCCGCCGUGGCCAGGGGCCGCGCCUCUUUGGCUUCUGUUUUGCUCAGGUCCUGCCGCGAUCAGCAGCUGGGCGAGGCGAUCCUGAAGCAGGACAAGCGCGGAUGCAACGUGCUGCACCACGCCAUCCGGGGAGGCCACGGGGAGCUCGCGCUGGAGCUGAUAGAAGCAGAGCCGGCCCUGUUGAGAGAUGUGAACGAUCAUGAGGAGUCGCCCAUGUUCAUCGCGGCGAUGAGGAAUUAUGCAGAUGUCGUCGAGAAACUGUUGGAGGUUCCUGAACCUGCCCAUGGAGGAAGCUGGGGCUACAAUGCUCUGCAUGCUGCCGUGAGAAAUGGCAAUGCAGAUCUUGCUAAACGGAUUAUGGAUAGAUAUCCUCUGCUAAUCAGACAGGAAACUGAGAAUCAUCUUACUCCAAUACACCUGGCUGUAUCUGAGGGCAAAAUUGACGUGCUGACAGCACUGUUGAAACAUGAUCAGUCUUUAGGUUAUCUGAUCAACACAGCUGGUACUCCACUUCUCUUCAUCGCAGCAUCCGAGGGCCAUGUCGGCGUUGCUCGAGAGCUUCUUAAACAUUGUCCUGAUGCUCCUUACUGCGACGCAACGGGCUCCACAUGUCUUCACAUGGAAACAGAGAAACUGCUCUGCAUCUCGCAGUCAAAAAGUGCAAUCAGAAGAUGGUCGAUGCUUUACUGCUCUGCAAAGACAUAG